UAAGAAUUGUGUGGUAUUCAUGUAAAUGCCGUUAACUUUUUUUUCCUUACGAUCAGCAUUAUCAGUGAAUACGACAUUAUCUGGGCCAUUACUUAGCAGAUUUGACAUAGUUCUUGUCCUUCUGGAUAAAAAGAAUCCUGAAUGGGAUGCAGUUGUUUCUAAUCAUAUUCUAGCUGAGAAAGGAGAAGAAAAUUGUAGAAGAGAUUAUUCUGAAGACUUGGGUAGUGUCUGGUCCCUUCCAAUGCUUAGGAGGUAUAUCCACUAUGUUAAGCAGCGUUUCAAACCCGUCCUGACGAAGGAUUCAGAAAGAAUAAUUUCCAGUUACUAUCAGCUCCAGCGAAGAUCAGCAACCCAUAAUGCAGCUAGAACUACUGUCCGCAUGCUUGAGAGCUUAAUACGGUUGGCCCAAGCACAUGCACGGCUUAUGUUCCGAAACGUGGUUACCCAACUCGAUGCUAUUGCCGCCAUCCUCUGCAUAGAAUCAUCGAUGACAACAUCAGCAAUCGUUGAUAGUGUUGGAAAUGCUCUGCAUUCAAAUUUCACUGAGUUUCCAGAUCAAGAAUAUGCAAAACAGGGCAAAAUAAUUCUUGAGAAGUUAGGAGCAAUCAGUGACUAGUGUUGUCUAACAACAUAUGAGCUUCUUUGUUUUUCUUUUUUCUUUUUUUAAUGAGAUUAUGUUUUAUUUUCUGUUUUCUUGUAAUGUAGAGCACUUCGUUGCUGGACUGUAGGAAAUUGAUUCCAUUAUGGUUAUUGUAAGAGAGGAUCAUCACAAGCCUUCCCUUGGAUGUGUUUUCUUUGUACCAUGGGCUUGUUUGAAGGAGCCUCGCUGUUCUGCAAAGCUCCUUUAAAUGUCAUGUCCGUGGAACUGAGAUUUUCCAUUUGUGAUCUAAAACGGUGAAAAUUUAUUG